AUGUUACCAUGGCGGCGGCAGGAAUCGUCGACCUCCUCCACAGACUCCCCGCCACAUCGCCAAGCGAACUGGGUUCAAAGUAUCUCACGACGCUCACUUCACCGAGCAAGAUCAGGACUAUUGGCUUUGAGGGCGGGGGUCCGUCGCCACUCGACUGUGGACGAUGAUUUUGAAGCGGACAUCGGAUUGCGAAGUUUCGUUAACCCUGUUGCUCUCAGGCGCGAGAGACAAAGACAGCAUGGUUCUUCGGAGGCAUAUACCUCGAGUACGCAAGAGGAUCUGGAAUUCGGCUUCGAGAUGCAUCGAAUGAGUGGCCCGUCCUCCCUUCAAAGCGACACGCCUCGGGGGACUAGUGCCCCGUCGGCAGUGGAGGCUUUGGCGAACGGGGCACUGGAAAGCUCUGGUACACAUUCAUCCGUCUCGCACAAGGGUAGAUCGCCUUUGGCAUCGAGUGCAGUUAUCUCCGAGUACGAUGGUAUGGCAGUUUCUGCUCAAACCCAUGGACACACUCUUUCGAUGCUCUCCGGGGAACAAAAAGCUAACACAGGACGCCUUCAAACAGAUGUUCGGACGUCUCGUGCGAGCAGUGGAUCCAUCAAUCAGCACAAUUUGGGAUCACCGUCACGUCUUUCAUCACCCGCUCCUCGAAUACACAUUGGACCUGAAAUUUCUCGAGGCAGUAGCAAAGAAGAGCAAGCCAAAGAAGCUUCACAACCAAUGUGUUCCAUUGCAGAUGCUGACCCCAAAAGUCAAGUUAGCCUGGAGUCAGAUGCCAAACACGUCUUGAAUCAAGACCAACGCCGGGAAUCCGAGGAUCGUAGCUCUCCUGCGUUGCCCGAUGAAACUGCAAGCAAAGAUGCGGAUGAAAUAUCACAAACUUCUGCAGAAUGUUUGUUCGCUUUUCCGGGAAUCUAUCAAGAGAUUUUGAAUCAGUGGGCAAGCGCCCCUGGAGAGGAUAUGCCAGACAUUCCCCAAGCAGACGAGCAGCCUGGCUGUGUUGCCCUUGAAGGCGGCCAGUCCUCCAAUCCACCUCCUCACCAAGAGUCUGAAGACAGUACACGCAGGGAUCAAGCUUUCGAUGCAACCAGCCUGGAUUCCUCAGACUCCUGUCACGCUGACCGGGGCAGCGAUUUGGACUUAGAGGACGCACGGUCGUCGAGAAUCCACGUUCUUUUGAGUUCUGAAGUGGAGGCUCAAUGUCCCGAAGAACGAGCCAGCUCUGCAAGGUCAACCACAUACGAGCCCUUGCUAGACGCUGCCCACUUUCCAGGGGCUAACGUGCCUUUGCUUCCUGUGCCUCAGAGGCAGGAUCAUCGGUCCAGUUAUGGCACAUUUUCGUCUGUUCCCAGAGAUCAUUUGGGACAGCGUCAUUCCUUCGCACCUCGAAGGCCUUGCAAUUUUGGGUAUCCCAGCAAUGAGUGCGAUAACCCACUUUUUUCGCCAGAAAACUCCACAUCGCCGGAGUAUACAUCAACAGAAGUCACCUCACGAACUUCAAUGUCAAGUAAUCCAUGGUCCCCGACGGACUCUGACGUUUAUUUUGGGAGCCCAACGAUUGAUCGAAAUGAGUUCUUUCUUGUAGAUGGCAAAACGAGCAGCCAGUACCCAUACUGGGGAGACCAUACGGUCAAAUCAGUAUAUCCUACCUGGAAUGAAGAGGACAUGAACGACCACAUGGCAAGAGCCAGGAAUAACCCAGAUCAAGUCCAUCGCGUUAUCCUUCCACCUCGGCCUUUCACUGAAGGGCAUGUUGGGAAUCAAGCAGACUUCGAAGAUGACUUUACCGACGACGAGUUUUAUCCGGGAAGCUGGAUGCCGCCCACAUAA